AUGAACACCGUCGAGUUCGCCAGGUCGCUGACCACGAGUCUGGUCCAUAACAAAUUUGUGGUUGAUGAUUUACGUCAGCGCGGCGCAAUUUUUGUGGAUGAGUUAGAUGAAGUGCCUGAUGAUAAUAUUGUUAUUUUUAGUGCACAUGGUGUAUCAAAGGCGGUUCAACAAGAGGCAGAACGUCGUGGUUUAAAAGUGUUUGAUGCAACUUGUCCAUUGGUCACUAAAGUCCAUAUUGAGGUCACGAAAUAUGCACGUGAAGGAACUGAAGCAAUUUUGAUUGGUCAUGAAGGCCACCCUGAAGUUGAAGGGACCAUGGGGCAAUAUGACAAAAAGAAUGGCGGUGAAAUUUAUCUGGUUGAAGAUGAAGAAGAUGUCGCUUCAUUAACAGUACAUCAUCCUGAAAAAAUAGCAUUUGUGACCCAAACCACCUUAUCUAUAGAUGAUACGGCCAAAGUAAUUGAUGCUUUGCGAAAUAAAUUCCCUCAAAUUCAAGGGCCCCGUAAAGAUGAUAUUUGCUAUGCCACGCAAAACCGCCAAGAUGCUGUGCGUGAUUUAGCAACACAAUGUGAUGUGGUGUUGGUGGUUGGUUCUCCAAACUCAUCGAAUUCAAAUCGUUUACGUGAGUUGGCUGAACGUAUGGGGAAACAUGCGUAUUUGAUCGAUAAUGCAGAUGAGUUAAAACAGGAAUGGUUUAACUCGAACCAUAAGAUCGGUGUUACAGCUGGGGCAUCUGCACCUGAGAUUUUAAUUAAGCAAGUGAUUCAACGGUUACAGGACUGGGGCGCGACAGCACCACAAGAGUUAAAUGGUCGUGAGGAAAAUAUCACAUUUAGUCUGCCAAAAGAGCUACGGAUUCAUGUAACACAAGCUUAA